AUGCGUAAUCCACUUAAACCGAAAAACAAAGCAAGACGCUUUGCUGAAUUGCAAGAAGAUCAAGGCUUUUCUGCUGCUCAAUUUGAAUCACCCGAGACACCUAUUCCAUGGAAUGCUAUAGGGCUAGCUGCAUUACUGUUCACAGUAGGUGGUAUUUUGUUAGCGUUGGGUAUUCUGGUCAAAAUUGGUACCAUCACAUCAGAUGUAUGGCUGGCAAGAGGAACAGCAUUUAUUGUUCUUGGUAGUAUCAUGUUUAUCCCAGGUGCUUAUCAUUUGUACAUUGCGUAUUAUGCAUACUACAAAUAUCCUGGAUACGAUUUCUCGCUUAUACCCGACUGGGACUAA